AUGCCAGGCCAGAAGAUCCUCUGCGUUGCAGAAAAACCGGCGAUCGCCAAGGCGGUCGCCCAACACCUGGCAGGUGGCCGAGUCACAACGCGCCCCGUCAACGGCAACCAAUACGUCAAGAAUUACGAGUUUGACUUCCACUUCCAACAAUGGGGCAACUGCUCGGUGACCAUGACCAGCGUGCUGGGUCAUCUAACUGGCUUGGACUUUGACCCGAAGUACAAAGGUUGGAAAUCUUGUCCUCCAGGCCAGCUGUUUGAAGCGGAAACAAAGAUUACCAUCGAUCGAGACAAGCAAUCCAUUGCCGAAAACAUUCAACGACAGGCUCGCUUUGCCAGAAUUCUCUUUAUUUGGACCGAUUGUGACCGUGAAGGAGAGCACAUCGGCGGCGAAGUACGGGACCAGGCCAAAAAAGGCAACCCAGGCAUUGUCGUGAAGCGAGCCAAGUUCAGCAAUACAGAAAGAGCCCAUGUCAUCCAUGCGGCACAUUCUCCCAUUGAUAUGGACGAGCGUCAAGUCAGUGCAGUGGCCGCCAGGAUCGAGCUUGACCUGCGGAUAGGAGCCUCCUUUACUAGGCUACAGAGUCUUGAGCUCCAACGUUUGAGCGACAACCUUCAAGAUCAAAUCAUUUCCUAUGGUUCCUGCCAAUUCCCCACCCUGGGUUUUGUGGUGGAUCGGUACAAUCGUGUCAGGAAUUUCAAACUGGAGGCCUUCUGGUCGAUCAAGCUAGUCCACGUGCGGAACAGGAUCAAGGUCAAUUUCAACUGGCAGAGGGUGCAUCUCUUCGAUCGGGCUGCAGUGACCAUUAUAUUUGAGGCGUGUCUGGACGCAAAAUACGCCAAGGUCACAAAGGUCCAGAAAAAGCCAACCUCGAAAUGGAGGCCGCUCCCUUUGACCACUGUAGAGUUGCAAAUGCAAGGCAGUCGCUUUCUUCGCAUGACUAGUCAGCAAGUGAUGUCGGUUGCAGAGAAGCUCUACCAAAAGGGUUUCAUCAGCUAUCCUCGAACCGAGACGGAUCAGUUCCCACGCGAGUUCGACUUUAACGCCAUAAUUCAACGACAGACACGGGACAACAGUUGGGGACAAUAUGCCCAGCGACUCCUGGACGGAGAUUUCCGGACUCCACGCUCGGGUCGCAACAACGACCAAGCUCACCCGCCAAUCCACCCGGUCAACUAUGUUGCGAGUGAUGCUCUCGAUUCCCAGGAAAAGAAAGUGUAUGAGUUUGUCACACGAAGAUUCUUGGCGUGUUGUUCAGAAGAUGCCAAGGGAGAGGCGACCGACAUUGAAAUCCUCUGGGGCUCUGAGACGUUUCAUACCCAUGGUCUGCUGGUCCUGGAGAGGAAUUAUCUUGAUGUCUACGUUUACGAUAAGUGGGAAAGCAGCCAGCAGCUUCCUGAAUUUACUCUCGGCGAGACGUUUGAGCCAUCAGAGGCUAACAUGUUGGAUGGAAAGACCACCGCGCCAGGAUAUCUCACCGAACCGGAACUAAUCGCUUUGAUGGAUGCGAAUGGCAUUGGGACAGACGCAACGAUGGCCGAGCACAUUGCUAAGAUCAAGGAUCGAUCUUAUGUCGACACGAGACGCUCUGGAGGCGGUAGAAAUUCGGUCCAGGAAUUCAUUCCCACUACACUUGGUGUCGCCCUGAUUGAAGGCUAUGACAAGAUGGGCCUCGACGUCAGUGUCAGCAAACCAUUUCUGCGCAAGGAGAUGGAGCUGAGAAUGAAAGCGAUCUGCGAGGGCCGGAAAAGUCGGACUGAGGUUGUCCAAGAAAGCUUGGAGAAGUACCGUGAAGUGUUUGUCAGGACACAAAGUGAGAUCCAGGUUUUGAAGAACGCGGUGACGAAAUACGUCGUCAAUGGAGGGGCGGAGUGA